GCAACAAAGAUGGCGGGCGCGGUAAUGCGCGCAGCGAUCGUGUAAGUACCGCCGAGGCGCGUUGACGUACGCCGUGACGAGCUUGUCCCGUGUGGAGAGCCGUCAGCCGACCCCCCGGGCGGACGGUAAGCUGUCGCGAAGGUGCGUGCGUGCGUGCGUGCGUUGCGCGCGCGUGUAUGUAGGGUGUCGCGACUCGGUCGCGUGAGUGGCGCACGCCAGUGUGUGUUCGUGCGUGCGUGCGCGUGUGCGUGCGCGAGCGAGCGAGCGAGCCGCGUUUCUGACACGAGUGCGCGACAACGAGAUAUGUCAGUGGCAGCUCCGGAAGCAUGAGCGAGGGAGCGGACUCGGUUACGCAAACCUGCGGGGAUGAGCAUGCGACGACCGGGAUGGCGACGCCCUCGUCGCCACCAGCACCAGCACCACCACCGUCAGCGACGACGACGACGACGUACGCUGGUAGGAGGCCGCGUUUCGGUACCGGAGGCCCACCUCCGUCGCCGUACGUCUUCAUCGACGGCCGUCAGCUGCGGAGUUCGCUCUCCUGGACCAACAAAUGGCCAACAAAGCCGUCCGAUGUUCCCCCGUUACGAGUCAGCUUCCCUGCGAACGACAAUCAUCUGGUGACGGGUUACCUGGAGCCCGCCAAUCCCUGGCGGCACGCUGAAAAUGUGAAUCGCGAGGACUUAAUCUUCUCGUACAAGGAGUCCUGUGCACGUCACAACACCGAACCCUUGCUAAACGUUUUAGUUCAGCUCAAGACCCUGGAUAUAUCUCAAGAUCGAUGUGAGGAGCUGAAUUUGAAAGGGGAAGUCUUGGAUCAAGAUCAUUCUGAGCCAUUGGAGGAGAUACUGAAGAGAGUACAAUUUAAUAAGAUUAAUCUAGAAGGGACCUCUCUCAAUGAUGAGAGUUCCGUGAUAUUAUUUGAUAUGCUGGAAUAUUACGAGUCCUCAAAACACUUGAAUAUUUCGUUUAAUCCGGAAAUUGGGGCCCGCGGCUGGCAAGCGUGCUCCCAUAUGAUUAAGAAGACUCAGUGUUUAGAGCAGUUUGAAGCAAGGGACAUCACGUUCAACGAACAAAAUAUGAACAUUUUGAGCCGUGCAUUACGAUUAGUUUCUCAUCUACACGUUCUCAAGUUGGAAAACUGUGGAUUGUCAGGCAGAGCAAUCGUCAUACUUGUUACAGCCCUGAAAAUGAAUAGCGGUAUACGGGAAUUAUAUUUAGCCGAUAACGGGCUUGAUCUAUAUGAUGCUAUACAACUUGGAUCUCUCUUAAGGAUGAACAAUCAUUUGCAAUUGCUCGACAUUAGUAAUAAUAACGUCCAGGACGAUGGGGUACGAGACAUUUUGGAGGGUCUAAUCAAUCAAGUGAACGAAGAUAAGACCGGUAGAGGACUCAGUAUCCUGGUAUUGUGGAACAAUCGUCUAACUAAGAACUCGUCACCUUACUUCUCGAGGAUUAUAGCAUUAUCAAAAACAUUGGAGACUCUGAAUAUCGGUCAGAAUAUGCUGACGGACGAGACACUAAGAGUCGUUAACGACUCACUGAAGCAGAAUCGCGUUCUCCUGCAAUUGGGCAUGCAAUCGACGGAGCUCACGUGCGAGGGAAUAAUUACGCUGGCCGAGAUUAUGGAGACGAAUCAAGUUUUGCAGAGAAUAGAUUUGCGGGAUAACAGCAUACAAAUACGCGGAAUGUGUGCUCUCGCGAAUAUAAUGAAGGUGAAUAAGACCGUAACGCAGAUCGACUUGGAUGACAAACCUCGGAUAAAAAUAGAUGGUCCCUUGCACGAGUACAUGAAACUGAUUACGGAGAUUCGCGGUCGUUGCAACCAGAACGAGGAAGAGCGUCGUCUGCUGGAGGAAUCCGCCGAGGACGCCGAGAGCCCGCAGCAUCCGAGUCGACUACUGAACGCGAGCUCCCGUAAGAUCUCGCUCACCUGUCAGACACUGCCAAGCCCGUCAUCCGGUCGAUCGGCGACAUCGUUGGCCGCCGACGAGCCGGCGACGCGCGCCACGCUGGAACCGGCAAAACGCACCAGCGGUGGCCGUCUGCGAUCCCCAGCCCCCAGUCCGAUUCCCUCCCCCGUAGCCAGUCCGAUCCCCAGUCCGUCUCGGAACCGUUUCGUCGUAUGCCGGGUGCCGGAGGCUUCGCUACGCUCCACCGAUUCCUCGGCAUCCACCUCGCCCGUCACUACUCCGCCAUCCCUCGGCUCCUCCCCGAAUUUCUUCCCCGGUGCGUCGAGUCCGGGCGGGUCGUCGCGGUUUCGGGUGUCGGUCGUCAAGUCGGUGGACGCCGGCCCCUCGUCGCCCAAAUCGGUCGUCGCCUCUACUAGCGGCAGCUCAAUCACGAUCGGCUUCAAAAUCGACGCGGCAGACUCGGAUGAUGCCGACAGCGUGAUCAAUAAGACGGAUAUCAGCGGUGAUACGGUCGUGUCUGUAUCCGAUACGGUUCACGUAGUUCCGUUAGCGAAAGAAACGUCCUCUUCAAGCGAAGACAUCGUCAAGCAUGAAGAUUGUUGCGUCAAAGAUACGAAGAUUCCGUCGAGCGAACAGCAGGUUAAAGAACGACUCGAAAUUGAUGAGAGCAUUACCGCGACAUCCAAGGAUGAAUAUGAGAAGAUGACGAAGAUUGAAGAAGAACGAGUGGACCGGAGUGGUGUAAUCGAGACGUCGUCGCAAUCUGAAAAAAACGAGACGGAUUAUUGUGACGAAAACAAAGGUGAUCAGAGCAACGUUACGACGGGUUCUGAGAGUGCCGCGACAACCGACAGGGUUACCGAGGCGAUCGCAGAUCGUCGCAUCGUGUAUACGAGUACAAAGGAACUUCAAGUACCUGCAUAUCCGAAUGAAGAUACGCUUUCGAUUAGUGUAGUCGGGGAUAAGGCCUCGAACGCGAUAGAAUUGUCCUUGGAUAACACUUCGGAAUUAAAUCGAGCAAUUUCGGAGGAGUUAUCCACCAGCACGUCGAGAUCUUCCGCGAGUACCGCUUGGACGGGAACGUCCUUGACUCGCACGUCCGAGUUGCAUCCACGGGAACAACCGAGCACAUCGGUGCAGAAGCACAAGUCCAGUCUAGAGAGGCUCCUAUCAUUGUUCCAGCAUCCUGGACAGUUAUUCUCGGAUUCCUCGAGCGCCUCUAUGGACACGAGAAGCUCCUUGCAGGAGAAUGUCAGCGGUGUGAUGGCAUUGGGCGACAGGUUGCAGCAGUAUUUAAAGGAAGGCCGAACUAAGAUUGACGGCUCGUGGUCCUCGGAACAUGGAUCUCCCUUGAAGAAUAAAUCGAUAGGAUUGAAUAUAUCGCAGUUGCAGAAUCUGACUGGUAUAUUUGCAUCUUUCAAGCUCGAGCCGCAGGCGAGUCUCGCCGAGCAUGGCGCCAAGUUCUUUGAUCAAAUGAAAACUCAGGAUACGAAUAUCAGAGACAGGAAUUUGGAAGAAACCGAAGUGACGAGAAACGAUGGUAAUAGUCUGAUUGAGCAGGAUCAAGUGAUUAAGAAUAGCGAGAAUAAUUUAUUUUAUCAAAAACGGAAUGAUAGCACGAAGGACGAGAAAGAAAACUUGGUCAGUACGGAGAAGAAUCAGAUUAUUAGGAGGGACGAGAAUUUGUGUGAUCAAGAGAGUAGUAGGAUUCCUGAGAACGACGAGCAAAAGUUAUCAGAUCAGAUUAGCAGGGACGAUGAGAAGGAUUUUACCAGUCAGGAAGAGAGUCAAGUUUCGAAUAGUGAUGAGAAUAAAUUAUUAGAUCCGAUAAAAACUAUAGAAAUUGGUGAAAGGAAUUUAGAAGAUCAGAAGAGCCAGGAGAUUGUUAGGAACGUUGAUAAAAAUUUUCAAGAAAGCAAGGAUACACAGGAAAGAUAUGAGGUUGCGCAUGACUAUUCGGAAGAUGAGAGACUGCGAAAUGAUGUUCCAAGAAACGAUGGGAAAGAGUCUGCGAGUGUGCGAGAUGACGCAGGCGAUGUUAACGAGAAGAAGGAUAUUCGAACGGAGUCUGACGGAAUUAGUAAUCGACUGUUACCUGAAAGUGUGCAAUCAAAGGACGAUUUCGUGGAUAACUUAGUAUUAGGCGACGUCCGGGUCACGACAAAUGCAGCAGCGGUCUUGUUGUCGUCGUCGCCGGCGAGCGAGUCUAUCGCGUGUAUAAAUGUAAGAUUAACAGACGUAGCCGGAUAUUCUGCUCUAGGAUUAAGUCAAAUUGCCGGUGUAUGCGUAGACUGUAACGAUGCUAAACGUUUUGAGGAUUCUGUUAACGAGGAAGAGCGUGACGAUGUAGCACAGGAUUCAAAACGUACCAAGUGCGAUGAUGACGUCGAAUGCUUAAGAUGCGACGAUUCGGAGAUUUUAAGGAAUAACGAUGCAAAGUGUUUACAACGUGACGACGACGCGGAAGAAACGAAUGCCGCGAUGGUAAGGACAUGUGAUACAACCACGGACAGUAUUAAUCAGACUAGUGAUAGUAGGUUUUUUCCGAUUUCUAACAUAGCGUACGAUAGUAAGAAAGUAGAUAGCGUAAGUAUCGCGUCGAUCACGACGGAUGACGAUGUCGACAUGAUCGGGUCUGUGUCAGGAAACAACGGACCAUCGUCGACGUCGUCGACGUCGUCGAAGGACGCGAGCGUUUACUUAAACGAGGAAGUUACCAGUAACACGUGCCGAGAUCGUCGGUGCGAUUUAACGAACAGGAGGGAGGGAGAGGAUCUCCGCGAUUCCGUUGAUCGUGCAACAAGUACAAGUGUAAAUAUUAAGAUAGAUCCGCACGGAGAAUCGAAGACGACGAGUCCAGGCGAACCAGAGAGCCAGGAGGUGCCAGGAGGACGGUCGUUCAUGCCAAAUAACGUCGACAAACAUCGAAUUAUCCUUGAAACCGCUGCCGAGACCGUCAGUCAUCCAGAGGAAGACGACGAGCGGAGCAAGCCGACGGUUGACUCGACUAUUCUUGUCACUCUAUCGCCGCACGAGACAAGUCUGGACAAAUCCGACGCGGAGGAGCUUAUCUUUUGCAUGACCGACGUCUCCACGGACGGCACGUCCGUAGAAGACGAGCUGUCGCCUCCCGUUUCGAGGACCACCGUGACCACGUCGACGAGCAGCAGCACGCUUCUGAUCGAGAAUCCCGGAAACGUGCACAGAAACAGUCAGGAUUCCGGGAUCGAGGAGACUGCGUUGACAAUCGACGAGAUUCCGACUGUUGUCGGGAUGACGGAGAUCCCGUCGAUACCUCCGCCGCCGCCUCCACCUCCACCUCCGCGUAGCAGUCUUCAGGAGAGCGUGGACUCGGGGAUCGAGUCCGAGUGUUCGUCGAUAUGUAUCAGGAUGGAAUCCGCUACCUCUGGCAUCAGCACGCUGGAGAUGGUCGCGACGCCGAAGAGGCCCACGCGUGACGAUAACGACGACGACGAGGAAGAGUUCGGGGAGUUUGCGUCGGAUUUCCUCGCGAGGGAGACUCGACUGGUCGAUAGCGAUAGCACGAGCGGCGACGGCGACGGCGACGGCGGCGUGGUCGGCGUCGGCGUCGGCGUCGUCGUCCCGUAUCUCAAGUGCGCGGUCGUCGGCACGACGCGGCCUGUUGCCGAUGAAGGAGUCGCUCGACCGGCACCGCCGGUAAUCGCGCACUCCCCUGCGCCCGUGCACGGCACCAGUCCGAAGUAAUGCGAUGGAGAUGAAGGAAGAUAGUGGUGGCGAAGCAUACGAGGCAGGCCUGAUGGAG